CUGUGGGAACCGUGCCUCCCAGAAGGCCACGCGCGCCGUCCUCCUCGCCCGCCCUCAAGGCCGCCUCGCCGUCCCAGUGUGUCCGCUGUCCACGCCGCCCGAGAUUCACGGACGCCCCCGCCGCCAUGCUGCCCGCCGCGCUGCUUCGCCGCCCGGGCCUGCGCCGCCUGCUGUUCCAGGCGCGAACCUACGCCGAGGCCGCGGCCGCGCCUGCCCCCGCCGCCGGGCCCGGACAGAUGUCCUUCACCUUCGCUUCCCCGACGCAGGUCUUCUUUGACUGUGCCAACGUCCGGCAGGUAGAUGUGCCCACGCUGACCGGAGCCUUUGGCAUCUUGGCCUCCCAUGUUCCCACACUACAGGUCCUGCGGCCUGGGCUGGUAGUGGUCCACGCUGAAGACGGCACCACAACUAAAUACUUCGUGAGCAGUGGCUCCAUCACUGUGAACGCGGACUCCUCGGUGCAGUUACUGGCUGAAGAAGCUGUGACGCUGGACAUGCUGGACCUGGGGGCGGCCCGGGCCAACCUGGAGAAGGCGCAGUCGGAACUGUCGGGUGCUGCGGAUGGGCCAGCGCGGGCGGAGAUCCAGAUCCGAAUUGAGGCCAAUGAGGCCCUGGUGAAAGCCCUGGAGUAGGCAUGGUCGUCGCCACAGGCAGGUCUUGGCAGCCUCGGGGGCUGUGCGGCCGGUCGCUGCUCUAGUUGCCACCAGGGGGCAGCAGUGCCCCGGUUACUGGCUUAAAACUUCCUGGUGCGUGCCUGCCAGGUCAUGGAGGUCUUCCCCCAGGCUGCCCACAGCCCGGGAUCCCCAUGCUGCCCUGGAGAGCUGGCACUGAUUGCCCCAGCCUGUCCAUUAAACACCAGGAACCAGC